CCUCUGCUAGCUUGACUAGCAGAGAUAACACUCUGCAUUCCCUAUUCCCACGGUACGGCAGCCCAGAAACUGAUGACAGAGAGAAACACAAGAAUCCGACGACUGGGCUGCUUCUUCGCGAAUAUAACUGCGCAACAUAUUUAGAUAUAAUAAAAAAGACCACACCCGGGGGCAGGCAUUCUGCGCCAGGCGACUGCACUGAAAGGGUCACGAUCGCUUAACAGUUAGUUCUUUGUGCGAGAUUCGAACCAUUAUCCAAAAUUCAACUAUUAACUAAAUAAACGAACGCGUGUGGAAGUGACACUGUGUAAGUUUAAUUGCCUUCCUGAGUUGCGGCGUAACAGGAACAAAUAUAUUGGCGAUCCUGCCAGGAUCUCCACAUCCUAACUCAAUAAGAGGAAGCGCUGAGGCACCUCACCGCGACGAGACCCAACAACGGAAAAGGAAACCACCAAUGCUGGAGUAUUGCAUAUUAAGUUUUCUCCUAUGGAAAGGAGCGUUCGCCGAAGGGAUGGCCGAGAUCGAGAAACUCACGAACCUUCCAAACAUCUACUUCGACCCGAUGGGAACUACGAGACUCUACCACCACGAAUGGAGAACACUGGUCUUCGUGGAUCUCCGAGACAUCAAAGCGGUCGAAACGACAAUCCGUGAAGCAUUGAAUCACCCAAUCCACACAGAAGGUAAUGGAUUCUCGCCAUCACUCUACGGACACAUGUCGAAUCGCUUCCAACGUAGUUUUAAUCAUAAAAACACUUUACUAACCAGUCUAGGAUAUAAGAAGGUAGAACGUAAGCGCGUGAAACGCGGUUGGUUAAAUCCAAUCGGUGACCUAGCUAAUAUUUUAUUCGGCACCCUUAGCCAAAAGGACGCCCAGUAUUACAACUCCGAGAUAGAUAAGCUGUACACAGACAAUAAGCGUUUGAGCGUCCUUAUUCAAAACGAAACCACAAUUGUCCGAAGUAUUCUGAAAAACAACGAUAUAUUUGAAGAUAAAAUUACAACAUACGUGAACAAAAUCAACAAUUAUACCAACGCGAACAUAGAGCGAAUAUAUGAACGCACGAAUACACUCGAACUAUUACUAGAAUUAAGCGAAAUAAUCACCGAACAUAACGAAUUAAUUGAAAACCUGCGAUCAAUUGUAGUUAAUGGAGAACAAGGAAAAAUCGAUCCUUUGUUACUAGAACCUGAUCAACUAAGCGAAAUCUUACGAACCAUCGAGCAAAAAUAUGGCUCUAGCCGUAUGAUGUUCUCUAACACAAAUGAAUUUGCUUAUAAAUUUUUACGAAUCGCUAAAGUUAACGUUUUUGUGUUAAAUUCAUACAAGCUCUGCUUUGAGUUAAAAAUCCCCAUCGUAGAAGAAGAAAUUUACGCCUUGUACUCCAUGAUACCACUCCCACAUAUAACCGAAGAUUACAUCUAUCUACUACACACCCAAGAACAAUAUAUUUUAGUUGAAAGAGAUUCUCGCAGCUACUCUAUAAUCAGCGAUCGAGACAUAGAUCAUUGUAUAGAAAUUUCCGACCUCCGAAUCUGUGCCCGACACUCACCUUCGCUCUCCACAGAAUUAACAAAUCCAUGCAUAAAACGUGCCUUACAUAACUUACCAGCAGACCAUAAAGAUUGCCCAGCCAAAAUGAUUACACAUACAAACCCUAUUUGGAUACAACUAUACUCGAAUCAAGAAUGGAUCUCCGCAUCUUACUAUCUAAUUUCUUUCCACGUUUCAUGCAAGGAUUCUAACCGCGUCAUCUCACACCAUCUUAACGGAGUAAACAAAAUUAAAAUCAAAGCAGGUUGUAUCGGACAUACUGCAUCCGUAACAUUAUAUUCUAGCGAAACUAUAAAUAAUCACAACGAAUUGCAAUUACAAUUAGGCCUCGCCAAUAUUACAAUACCGAAAUUAGACGACACCGUUAAAGCUUAUGCACGCGUACCAGAACUACGAAAAGAAUUAAUAACUAACAACGACUUGAAAUUGGCAUCCAAAUCACUCGACCAAAUCAUCUCUGAGGCACAUUCGAUUUCCACGCACACACGUAGCAUCUCCAGAAACGAAAGCACCUGGAUGAUCUUACAAACACUAAUAGGAGCCUUAGGCAUAAUAAUAGGAUUGUACAUAUUUUCGAAAUUUAAAUUAUGGCGUUUAAUAUUUUGUCUAUUUAAACCCUGUACACGCAAUAACUGUCUUAAUAUCAAUUCAAACGGGACCAACCACUACGGGUCAGCGCCCCAAUCUGUAGUAUACACAGCGAACGCACCAGAAACUUGCAACCUCCAACCCACUCCUCUACCACCGGAAGAAAAUAAAUUAUCACAACCUUCGCGGCGAAAGAAACAUCACGUUUCCUUCACCGUGCCUCCUAUUUGAUUUCACAAGUAAAAUCAAAAAUAAGGAAGGGGGUGUUAGGCGAGAACCUCUGCUAGCUUGACUAGCAGAGAUAACACUCUGCAUUCCCUAUUCCCACGGUACGGCAGCCCAGAAACUGAUGACAGAGAGAAACACAAGAAUCCGACGACUGGGCUGCUUCUUCGCGAAUAUAACUGCGCAACAUAUUUAGAUAUAAUAAAAAAGACCACACCCGGGGGCAGGCAUUCUGCGCCAGGCGACUGCACUGAAAGGGUCACGAUCGCUUAACAGUUAGUUCUUUGUGCGAGAUUCGAACCAUUAUCCAAAAUUCAACUAUUAACUAAAUAAACGAACGCGUGUGGAAGUGA